ACCAUUAUAGCAGUCGGGCUCAACCGCCCGCCAAGAGUGUACGCCUUAGCCGCCGAAACCGGCCAUUUUUCUCGAUUCGCGCGCUUUUUGACAGGUGUCAAGUGUAACUUUUUAAAUUUUCCCCCGAGUGCCAAUGUGUUAGUGCGUGCCUUGGAGUUUUUGUGCCAAAAAGGAUUUUCUCAAAGAUCACAACCGGAUGUAGAAUUAAAGUGCGCUAACUUCAACGAUGGGCCACAAGCAAUACCUGGCCGUGGGCCAUUCGGCGGGGGCCAGGCUCUUCGGGUUGGCCCCCCGCGGCGACCGCGCCGUGCCGAUCAAUAUGCUCAUAUCGCAGCAAGGCAAAAUAAAUAGAGGACGCCUGGCAGUCAUCACUUUCAGCAUAUUCACCGUGGCACUCGGCAUCAUCCUAUCCUUCGUACCUUGGCUAGACUACAUUAUAUUUCGGGAACUCAAAAUCUGGAACGGUUCGUUAAGCUACAGCUACUGGCAGCGGCCCGGCGUGGUGCGACUAACCAAAGUAUACAUCUUCAACGUGACCAACCCUCAGGGCUUCCUGGAGAAUGGAGAGAAACCUAAGCUGGUGGAAGUAGGACCUUUUGUCUAUAGGGAAGACAUGGAGAAGGUGAACAUCAAGUUCCACGACAACGAUACGGUCACGUUCCAGCACAACAAGAUACUGCGCUUCGUUCCAGAACUGUCCGUGGAUAAAGCACAGAAACUGGUCGUGCCCAACAUUCCUCUUUUGACCGUGACCUCUUUCUCUCCAAAUCUGGCCGGCUUCCUCUUCAAUUUGCUUGUCUCCGGCCUCGCCAUCACGUACAAGGAUCGAGCCAAACCAUUCGUUCAAGUUACUGCAGAACAGCUAGUCUUUGGAUACGACGACCCCCUGGUGACUCUCGCGCAUUAUUUUUACCCCAAGGGUAAAAGACCGAACAGUCAGAUGGGACUAUUGCUUGCUAGAAACGGAACCUUAGACGAAGUCGAAACGAUAUACACUGGCCAGAAGUCCAUGGAGCGGUUCGGGUACAUCGACAAAAUCAACGGCCUGGACCAUCUGCCGCAUUGGAAGGAACGCCCUUGCAAUAACAUCAGAGCGUCCGAAGGUUCGUUCUUCCCGCCUCGCGCUGUGACCAAGUCGGACAUCGUGCAUGUAUACGACAAGGAUCUGUGCAGGAUUCUGCCGCUGCAGUACCGGAAGGAUGUUUACAAAGAUGGCAUCCAGACGGGUCUCUACACGCCGCCGGCCUCCACCUUCGAGUGCGCCGACGUGAACCCGGACAACAAGUGCUACUGCGAAGGAGAGAAGUGCCCGCCCCGGGGACUGCAGAACAUCAGCCCGUGCCAGUACAAUGCGCCAGUGUACCUCUCCUACCCUCACUUCUACGAAGCGGAACCCUCCCUGCUGGAUGGCUUUGAAGGCCUGAACCCGCGGAAAGAGAAACACGAAACCUACUUCAUGAUACAACCGAAACUCGGCGUCCCGCUUGAAGGAUUUGUCCGGGUCCAGCUGAACCUGAAGGUGGACCGCGCACCGGAUAUCCGGGUCAACAACAUCCACCGGUUUCCGGACAUUAUCUUCCCCGUCAUGUGGGUGGAAGAGGGCAUCCACGAAGUCACCACUCCUAUAUGGAGAUGGAUUUAUCUUGCCACGACUGUGGGUCCUGUCGCUGGACCCAUCUUAACUUAUUCCAUGAUUCUCUUCGGUCUUCUGGCCCUAGCAGUGGUCUUUCUACGAGCUUACAAAAGCUUCGUAAUCGGCCAAAAUUCUUUGGAAAUAAUGGAAUACGGAAGAGAGACUCUACGCCGUGGAUCUACCCUCAUCAUCCACGGAUCACAUAAAAUACUUUCGGGAAAAGAAGCAACAUAUCAACCUCUAAACACAUCUGAAGAAUUUACUGCAGUAGACAGUAAAAUUCAAGAGCUGAAGUUCGUGAAGACAGAUCUUAGCCAAAGUUUAGACGAAUUAAAGUCAAAAUUCAAACCAGAAUUCGUCAGAUCGAAUUUUAGUGAAGUGGAAAGAGAGACGUUAAUACAUUCUGAGAACACGUUCAUAAUGUCCGAACACGGACGGUAUAACUUCUUCCAGUUACCAGAAACAUAUUGUUAGGUAUAUUUUUAAAUUUAUAUGAAUUGUAUGAUGUUUUGUGAUGUAUGGGGGAUGAAAUGAGCCAUUUGGCAGAUAAUGCAGUUGUAUGAGAUUAUUUGCGUUAGCAAAUUUUGGUUUUGUAAAGAUUUUAGUGGAAAACGGGAUUUGAUGGAAGCCAUUCAGUAAGUCAAUAAAGGUGAUGUAGUAACAGUACAAUGAACAUUAGUGCCUUCAUUAUUAUAAUAAGAAAUGGCUUUUGGUGUUUUUGAAAGACAAUAUCAAGUUUGUGAUUAAAAACUCUUUGAUGUUUAUUUCAGCACUGUCUUGUACUAUGUUAAACUUGACCAAUUUCUUCUGAAAGAAAAUCUUUGGGACCAAAUUUUUAUAAAUGUUAUUGUCAGAAUUAGAAAGAUCCUAGAAUAAAUAAAGUAUAUUAUGGAUUAACUUCGAAAUUUUGUUUGGUGAAUGACUAUUGGUUGUGUUCUGACUGAAUGUACGAUUCCAAUUUUAGAGGAAUCAUAGUUUUUAUAAAAUAUUUGCUCAUCUUAUAUAGAAUUUAUUACUUAGAAAUAUUGGCCAACUUUAUAGUUUUAAAAGUAAUAUGCAUAUUAAUUGAAUGGCUAAAAUAAAUUUCAUAUAAGACUGUGACUUAUCAUUUCGACUAAGUUUGUGUUAUUUUUGUUGGUUUCUUGACUUAUUUUUCAGACUUAAUUUUAGUAGGGAUAGUUUAGGUAAACAAUUUAAUGUUAUUAAGUGUUACCACAGCCAUGGAAAUUCGUCAUAAAUUGAUGUACACGAACAAAAACAUUGUGAGCCAUUGGGAUCAUAAUGCUAGUCGAUUUUUAAUAACAAAUGUGUUUGUUUAUUUCUAAUUGAGUCUGUCGUUUCAUGUACUUUCGUCGAGAGAGUGGUAUAUUAUUUUCAAAGGAUUAUAGGAAUAUAUUAAAUGGGUAUUUUUGAAACAUAUACAAUACAGAUUCGUCCUAUAGUUUUACGGUGUGGUACACCAUAUCAAUUUGUAUCGAAAGAUGGGAAUAGGGAAAGACUAAAUGAAUUAGAGCUAAGUGUAGAACUGACUACAAUUCUUUACAGUGUUUACCAGUGUUGACAAUAAUAUAAUAUUGGAUGUUUACGAAUGAAAAAACCCUUGUAACGAUAUCAAGGUCUUCUAAAUAUGCAUAACAUAAUGUUAUAACUGUCAAAAUAAAUAAAUUUAUGCAUAAAUAAAAAUAUUAGUGUGGAAAUACAGCGAUGUAUUAAAACAUUUUUUAUUUUUGGUUUCCUAAUAUUUAUUGUUAUAAAAAUCAGUAUAUUUGGCACCUUUUGGAAAUUGUAUACAAACUUUUCUCUCCAGAAGCUGUGUAUAUUAUUGAAAUAUAUGCGUUUUGAAUACCUAUGUGAUAUAAAAUAUGAAGUAUGAGAAGUUUUCUUUGAAAUAUUUCAUAUGAAUUGCUCAAAACAAUUUUCGAUUUAAUUAAUGAUUAAACGAUUACAUAAUUUUUGUCCUCUUGAUUAGGGUUUAGUAGUUAAAUAUAAAGUCAUUCUGACAUAAUUUAAACAUUCUGUCAAAUAUUAAAUCUUAGUAAAAAAAACUUGUUUACUGACAUUUUAUUUAUUGGUUUUAAGUUUCAAUUUAAAAAAGUGACUGAAAAUACGAGUGAUUCUGUUGUUUUUUUUUUAUUAUAUGUUACCUAAAAUAUAAUAUAAUGACGACAUAUAUUUUUUGAAAAGAAUAGUGCCAGUCAGUAAUUUGUGAAUAUGAAAUAAAAAUGUUUACGAAGAAAAGUUUUUCUACCAAACGUGUCACGAAUUUAUGCCACUGCUAAAUUCAUAAUACUAUUUGUAUUUAAGCUCGCUAAAGGCUUUAAAGAUUCCAGAAUCUUAUAGCAGUUAAGAACAAUAUACCCGACUUGAAAUAAUCAUCUAUAAAUGUAAGACUGUCUCUCUAUUUUUUUUUUUUUUUUCAUCUUUGCGUAAUAUAAAACGAAUUCGCUUAAUUUUAUAACGCAAUGGAUAUUAAUCUAAAGUCAGAGGAAGGUUUAGAUGCAUAAUUUAUUAUAUUUUUCCCUCCUAAGUAUCUAAAAUUCUGGGAUAGCAUUGUGUCUAUAUUUUAAGAAUAGCUUACUAUUAUUAUGUACCACUUUAGUUACUGUGAAGCCAUCUAAGUAAACAAAUAAAGAGACAACGCUACAAAUAUCAUCGGUCAGUCUCUUUCUAACCUACGUACAUUAUUCCUAGUCGGGUAUUUUAAGUUCGGUGUCGAUGCAUUCCAUUUUACAUUCUAUUAUUAGGGUAUCAAGGACUAUUUUUAUGUGACUAUAGUUUAAACUGUAAAUAUUAGUUGUAAGGUAUUUUUGUAUCAAAUUUUGUUUGUAAUAAAACGUGGAUAAUCGAA